UGGUCGGUUCCUCAUAUAUCUUUGCCAUUUUCAGACAACCAUACAAUAAAAUAAACAAAAAAAAUGGAGCUUCAAGGAAACAACUCAACCGACUUAACACAGUUCUUUUCAGUAGAUAUUUUCCUGUGUCUAUGUCGGCGUUACCUAUAUAUACCUCCCUUAACCCCCUUCACUGACCAUUACACAUCCUGGCAAAUUCUACUGAAAAAAAACAUGAAACCAUCAGAUAAAAACCAAGAAUCUCAUAAUACUACUGAAAUGGAACCUGAAUUUGCAGUUAUGUCACCAAUUUCUUCUCCUUUGAUCAAUUUUGAAUCUUUUGAACAGUUAAGUGUGCCACAGCCUAUGGAAUGUUUACAUGGGACACAAAUUCCACCAUUUUUAUCAAAGACUUAUGAUUUAGUUGAUGACCCUUUAUUGGAUUCUAUUGUUUCUUGGGGUAAAAAUGGAGAAAGCUUUGUUGUAUGGGAUCCAUUGGAGUUUUCAAGAUUGGUUCUUCCAAGGAAUUUCAAGCAUAGCAAUUUUUCCAGCUUUGUCAGACAGCUUAAUACUUAUGGAUUUCGCAAAAUCGAAGCUGACAGGUGGGAGUUUGCGAAUGAAGGGUUCUUGAGAGGAAAAAGACAUUUGUUGAAGAACAUACAAAGGCGAAAGUCAACACAUCAGGCUGGGAGUUCUAGUUCUUCUGGAUCAUCCGCUGCAGUAGAUGAGAUUGAGAAACUCAGGAAGGAGAAGAGUUUGAUGAUGCAAGAAGUAGUUGAAUUGCAGCAGCAGCAGCGUGGGACGGUUCAACAAAUGGAAGCCGUUAAUGAUAAGCUUCAGGCUGCAGAACAAAGACAGAAGCAGAUGGUUUCAUUCUUGGCCAAGAUGUUUCAGAAUCCCACGUUCUUGGCUCGCAUUCAACAAAUGAAGGAGCAAGGAAAAAUUACUUCUCCAAGAACAACGAGGAAAUUCGUCAAACAUCAGCCACAUGAUCCCGGUAGAGUCGGGUCUUCCAUGGAAGGGCAGAUAGUCAAGUACAGGCCUGAAUUUCAAGACCUUCCAGAAACUGGUGUAGGAAUGGAAGCUGAGGGACUGAUGAUGGAACUUGAACUUCUCAAAAGUCCAGAACGGUUUAUAGAAGGAGCUUCAAACGUUAACCCUGAUGGCUCUCAUUUUGAAGGGAAGAAUGUAGCUAGUCCUCAAUUAGAAGACAUGCCUGAGUACUUUGUCGCUUUCCCAGAGGAGUUGGGGAAGGAGAAGAACAUUUCAGGUAUUGAAAGUAUGGUGAAAGAAGAGGAAUUAUGGAGCAUGGAAAAUAUUGGCACUGAGUUAUGGGGUAGUUAUAGUAACUAUGUCCCGGACUUCGGAGUUAGUUCUGGUUUGUCAGAUUUGUGGGAUAUAGAUCCCUUGCAGGCAGCUGGAAGUUCUGGUGUCGAUAAGUGGCCAGAUGAUGAGUCUCCUUUUGGUCAGUCUCAGAACCAAGCCAACCAGCCCAAGAAUGAUAGUUUUUAGGAUACUAGCCAUAGUUUAGUUGAUGGGACAUAAUGCUGAAUGAUUAAUUAUAAAUUUUUUAGUUGAUAAUUACUUUCGACUGAUUCUUUUCUUC